UGCUGGGGCAAUGCAAAAUGCAGAUAUUGUAAAUUUCUGCAUUCAUCAAAGGAGUCUGAUUUAGAACACAAUGUGAUCAAGGCCCUUGACUCAGUCACACUAGAAUCAAAUGCACAAUAUUCUAUUGGAUCUCAGAGGUUCAUGGAUGCAUAUCAGAAGGGUCUGAAUGGACAACAGGCAGCAUGGGCUGCAAAGUGCUACCACAGGUCAUCGUGUACUCCCUGA